CAUUGUGCUGGGUAACAAAUUCAGACGAUGGCUUCGAUUCCACAGAUUAUCCUGUGUAGCAACAUCUGUAUACACGAUGGUUUCAACAAGGAACCCAGAAAUAGACUCCAGGCGAAAGGACUAAGCUUGGUUCCUUCUCUGCUCCAGAACAACUUGGGAUUGAGAGCUUGCUUGAUUGAGCAUAGACAGAGACAGCGAUUGAUAUGUCUGGGAAAAAAUGGGGUUUUAGCUAGUGAGAAAGCUCUUACCCGGCAAAGACGGGAGGUUAGGGUUAGCUGUAACAAGGGUUUAGGGUUUAACGGCGGAGGUAACAACGGAAAUGGGAGGAUCCUUGGAAACCUUGCCUUGGCUAUUGGGUUAACUUAUCUCUCUAUGACUGGCCAGCUUGGUUGGAUUUUGGACGCUAUUGUCUCUGUCUGGCUGGUUGUGGUGAUUGUUCCAAUUUUGGGGUUGGGAGCUUUCCUGUGGUGGGCACAACGAGAUAUUGUGCAGAGCAAUUGUCCAAAUUGUGGAAACGAGUUUCAGAUAUUCAAGUCAGCGAUGGAUGAUGAAGUACAGCUUUGCCCUUUCUGCACUCAGCCAUUCUCAGUGGUGGAUGAUAAGUUUGUUAAGGAAGCAGUGAAAUUCUCUAACCAAACUACUGCUUUUGGACAAAACCCAAAUGGAUAUUCUUCUGCACCUAAGAAAGGAAAAGGUUUCUCAACUGAUGUUGUAGACAUAGAAGCAGAAGUAACAGAUGCAGACUGACAAUGCAACCGAGAAGUUAUAGCGCAUAUUUUCCAGUAGACCGAGCAUUGGAGAUUUUGUAGAGGCAACAAACUUGUGCAGAGAGCUCGUUGUUGGAUAUAGAAGUAAUAUAGAAAAUACGAAUCCAUAUGUAUGUACAUAUAUGUCUAUGACAUUGUUUUCACACUUUAAUCUUUGGUAUUUGAAUGAUUUUUAAAUGUUUAAAAGUA